CUUGUGAGUUCGAUAGAAGUUAGUUGAGUUGGAUGGGAAUUUUCUAACUAUUCCUCUCCCCAGCUUCAAGUUCGGUUUACACCGAAUUCACCUCAGUUGUAAUUGCAGGGCGAUAGUCGGAAGUGGACGACUGAAAAAUGUUGAUGCUUCCACGGAGGCUUCUGAGACAGAAUUGGCUUGCAACUAAACUACAGUCCACUGCAGCUUACCACUCCAAAAGUGGGGUGUAUGGCUAUAGACCACGCAACAAAUCAACAUCUGAAGAAGUGUUAUGUUCAGAAACCAUUGAAAAUCGAAUAAAACAUAGCAACGCUUAUGCCUUGGUACAGAACUACCGACGCUAUGGCCACAAACUUGCUAAAUUGGAUCCACUUGGACUUAAAGAAACACAGAGCAUUCAACAACUGAAUCCAUCACGCUAUGGCUUCUCUGGAGAUAAUGAGGUAGCAGACAUAAAUGUUAAAGGUAUCCUACAUUGUGGAUAUGGCUACCAGUCCCCUAAAGAACUAAUAGAGAAUCUCCAAAGACAGUACUGCGGACAUAUCGGUGCUGAAUUUGAACAUUUAGAGAAUGAAGUGGAACGAGAAUGGUUUGCUCAUGCUUUUGAGACAAAAGAUUCCAUUGAAGUGUCUGCUGAACGUCAGAUAUCUCUGGCCAAGUUGAUGCUUCGUUGCCAGGCAUUUGACCAAUUCCUUGCUUCCAAGUUUACCACUGUCAAAAGAUAUGGAGGAGAAGGUUGUGAAAGUAUGAUGGCAGCUUUUGAUGAAAUCUUUUCUAGGUCAUCCCAAUAUGGUGUCACAGACAUAGUCAUGUGUAUGCCCCAUCGUGGUCGGCUUAACUUUCUGACUACAAUGCUGGAUUUCCCUCCUGUUCGCAUGUUCCGAAAGAUGAAAGGUCUGACAGAGUUACCUCCUAUGGCCAAGGGAAGUGGUGAUGUUUUAUCACAUUUAUACACAUCACAAGAUCUGAAAUAUGGUGAUAAUAGUGUUCAUGUGUCUUUGAUUCCUAAUCCAUCUCAUUUAGAGGCUAAUAAUCCUGUGGCUGUGGGUAAGGCACGUGCAAAGAUACAAUCUCUGAAGAUCGGAGACUAUGGUCAUGACGGUGUAACUCAAAAUAAAGAUGUACUUUGUUUCCAAGUACAUGGUGAUGCUUCCUUCUCAGCUCAGGGUAUUAUCAGUGAAACCUUUAGUUUUGCUGAGUGUGCUCAUUUUUCUGUUGGUGGCAGCAUACAUCUGAUAGUUAACAACCAAAUUGGUUUCACAACUGAAGCUGAAAGAGGAAGGUCUUCCAUGUAUUGCUCAGACCAGGCAAAGAUAAAUGGUUACCCUGUUCUUCAUGUGAAUGCUGAUGACCCAAAAGCUAUAAUCCAAGCAGCAGCUAUAGCAGUGGACUACAGGCAGCAGUUCCACAGGGACAUAAUUAUUGAUUUAGUGUGUUUCCGUCGAUGGGGCCACAAUGAACUUGAUGACCCAAUGUUUACUCAGCCUAUCAUGUAUAAAGCAGUAGAAAGUCGUAUGAGUAUACCUGAUAUGUAUGCUCAGCAACUUACGCAACAAGAUCUGUGCACUGAGUCUGAACUGAAAUCCUUUGUUCAAGAAUGGAAUAAUGUCCUGGUUGAAAACUUCAAUAAAACAGAUAGCUACAUACCUGAGCAAUUCCACCUGCUGAAACAAUGGGAUGGUUAUGUUCAAGCUUCUGACAACAUUACUUCCUGGGAUACUGGAGUUGAUGUAGAUGUACUGAAAUUCAUUGGUGACAAGUCUGUGACUGUUCCAGAGACAACAAAUGUCCACCCGACUAUUCAAAAGACACAUAUUGAUCGCCGUAAAAAGCAAAUUGAAGCUGGAAUAGACUUGGACUGGGCAACUGCUGAAUCUUUGGCUAUUGGUUCUCUUCUGUACCAAGGUUUUAAUGUUCGCAUUAGUGGACAAGAUGUUGGCCGGGGAACCUUUAGUCAUCGUCAUGCAAUGAUUGUUGAUCAAAAGUCAGAUGAUAUCUAUAUACCACUGAACCAUAUAUCAUCUGACCAGGUUGGUUGCUUUGAGGCAGCUAACAGCGUUCUAUCAGAGGAAGCAGUGCUUGGUUUUGAAUAUGGCAUGAGUCUGGAGCAUCCUAAAAACCUUGUUAUUUGGGAAGCUCAAUUUGGUGAUUUCUUUAAUGGAGCACAGCCUAUUAUUGACACAUAUGUAACUAGUGGAGAAACAAAAUGGCUACUUCAGAGUGGCUUGGUGAUGUUACUUCCACAUGGUUUUGAUGGUGCUGGACCCGAACAUUCUUCAUGCCGUAUUGAACGAUUCUUACAGCUUUGUGAUAGCAAGGAGGAUGCUAUUGAUAGUGACCAUGUUAAUAUGGAAAUAGUUCAUCCCACAACAUCUGGUCAGUAUUUUCACCUGCUCCGCAGACAGAUGGUGAGAAAUUACCGCAAACCCUUGAUAGUUGCAGCACCAAAAACUUUGCUGAGACUUUCUAGUGCAGCGUCUUCUUUACUUGAUAUGGCACCUGGAACUUGCUACCAGCCUGUCCUAGGAGACAACAAAGUUAACCCAGAGUCUGUUACUAGAUUAGUGUUUUGUUCUGGCAAACAUUUCUAUGCAUUAAACAAACAAAGAGAUGCUUCAAACAGUCACAAUGUAGCCAUUAUUAGACUUGAAAGCCUUUGUCCAUUCCCUGUUGCAGACUUAUUAAAGGAAAUUAAGAAAUAUCCCAAAGCAAAAGAGUUUAUUUGGAGUCAAGAAGAACAUCGAAAUAUGGGACCUUGGAGUUUUGUAGCACCAAGAUUUCAGAAUCUUUUAGCCUGUAAAUUGAAUUAUGUUGGGAGAGGAACAUUAGCAUCUGCAGCUGUUGGAAUUGCUACAGAACACCAGAAAGAAGCCCAGCAGUUAAUUGCAGCAACUUUCCAAUGAAUAUUUUCUAUCUUCAUCACUUCUUGGCAGCUUUAGUAAAGCUUAUAAAGCAAUAUGCUUAUAAGCUUAAUUCUUUCAUUCAAAUGGAAGGAGAAUCGUGCUGAAAUUAUUUUUUAACUAACAUAAUAGCUAUCUGAUUGUGAAUGAAUUAUGUAUAUAUUGUAGAUAAUUUGCAACUUAUAUACAAAAAACAGUUGGUAGAUGCAGCCAAUUUGGACAUAUAUAAAAGAAAUAUUUUAAAAGAAUCUUGACCAAACGAUUUAAUAGUAUUACUUUCACUGUGGAUUAUGAUUAUAUAUGUGUGUGAGAGAGAUAAUGGAAGUUUUCCUAUAGACAAAUUUAUGCUUGAGAUUUAUUUUCAUAUUCUAAAUUUACAUACCUUUUGUAAGGUUGAAGAAUGUCUCUAAGCUGAAUAAAGUGAGAAAAAAAUACUUGUUGAUCCUUGGAGGAAAUA